AUGAUCCUGCCCGAAAUUCACUCCGACUAUGGGACUGUUCAUUACAAACCAGCAGGAUUUUCCAUACAUGCGCAUCGUAACACACUGCAUCGACGGCACGGACCCAAUGCUUAUGCCAAAUCUGUGAGAAAGUAUAAAAUUGGCCCCACCAACCAUACACCUUUCUUCUUCGACGAAAUCGCGGCUUGGCCUGACAAUAGGAUGGCUAUUGUUCAGGCGGAGGAUAUUCACAACGACUCCGAAUACGCAUGCCCAAUAACAGUCGGGUCACCUGGGGUUACUCUUAUCUUGGAUUUCGACACCGGAUCGUCCGAUUUUUGGGUUCGAUCUUCUGAAUUCGAGCAAACCGUGCGCAAAUUGAAAGCCAUCGUGUGUACACCCCCCACAAAAGUAGAACCUCUGAACGAGUUCCAGAAGCCAGCAGUGGGAGUAUCUCAGCACCUCAGCGACGAAUUCUUGAAAGACGGAAGUGAUGGACUACUCGGUUUAGCUUUCCCAAAGUUAAAUACGGUGAAGCCGUAUCAACAGAAGACUCCAAUGCAGAAUAUGGUCGAACAAGGGCUAAUAAAGGAUGCAAUAGCCGAUUUUUACCGUCAAGCUAGACAACAUGAUUCUCACGGAUUUUACACGUUCGGCUACAUCAGCGAGCACAUCCACGCGAGCAAGUUAUAUUGGCAGGAUGUUAUCAGUGAUAAUGGUGGUGGGAAGGUAUGUGGUCUCCCUUAUGUGAAGAUUGGUCACAACAUUUAUGACCGAGGGCAUUUGAAUACCGCCAUCAUAGACACUGGGACCACUCUUAUCCUAAUGGAUGAUAGAACCGUUGAGAAUUUAUAUUCUCAGAUCCCGGGGGCAAAGUUAGACCGAACUCUAGGUGGCUACAUCUUCCCGACCGAUGCUUGCGUCCCCAAACUCGCAUUCUCAAUCGGAAAAUGGUUAUUCACCAUCCCUAGUGAAGAUUUAGCAUUUUCAGAUGCUGGCGAUGGAAUGGCCUACGGGGCCAUUCAGAGCCGAGGGCAGAACAAACAGGACAUCUUGGGGACGUGUUCCUGA